CUUACAGUCUGGCAGGAAAGCCCAUUGGCCGGCUCAAACUGUCAAUCACGCCUUUUCGCCCAAUGAGGAGCGAGUAUGCAAAUAAGGCCCCGGGCCUGGAGAACAGCGUGACGUCAAAGCAAAAGCAGGAGGAAGAAGGCAGCUGAGGAAGGAGGGUUGGGUGUGUGGCUGAAGCUCCCUAAGCAGGGCCAGCCCUGUGCUUCCCUCCAGCCACAUGAAGAGGAAACAGCUCCUUUCUGAUACGUUCAAGGCCAAGAAACAGAAGCUGGCGUUUGGAUCAGAGCCUUCAGAACAAGAGGGCCCCGAAGCAGUGGAUUCUGCUCUCCAGUAUUUAGUCUCUCUCUUCCCUCGCAAGUUGUUUGAGGAUUCCCUGCCGCCCUUGAUCCUGAGGCACCAGAUCUACAGCCUUGUCAAAGACCGCACAACUGUGGACAGGCGCCUGAGCCAACUGAAGGAUGAGGGCCGGAUCCGGAUAUUCCAGCACGGCUUGGAUGCAGAAACCUUUUUUGUGACAUUUACAGACAACUAUAAAUCAAAGGUGCUGGAGUUUGCAUCUGGAAAGGAAUUUGCUCGAACAGUGACCAAGUUUUUGGAUUCUGUCGUUACCUCCUGCCCUGACAUCAGCUAUGACAAGAAGAGAAUGCUGAAUGAAUUUGGCUUUCGGGACACUGAGAUCACGCAGCUGGUGAAUGCUGGGGUCCUGACUGUCCGUGAUGCUGGGAGCUGGUGGCUGGCUGUACCCAGAGCAGGCCGUUUUGUCAAAUACUUCAUUAAAGGGAGAAAAGCUGUGCUGGGUAUGAUCCAGAAAGCCAAAUACAAGGAAGUUCUACUGUCUGAUUUACAGAACCGUCAGACUCCACGUGCUGUGAAACUGGGGAUUCCCUACCACAUACAUGACAUCAUUGGAGCCCAGCUGGUCGACUGUGUGCCAACCACGACAGGAACGCUCCUCCGACUAGCUGAUGAUUAAACACAAACCUUGCUAUCGUCUAUCAGAGUUGUGCUUGAAACGAUUUUUACUUGGGACUAUUGGAGGUGAUUCUGGCAUGUGAGAAUCUUUCUUUGAACUAAAAGCCACAGAAAAACAACUUUUACUUAUGAACAGAUAACGCAUUUUGCACUUAGUAUGGUUCUAUGUGAAGAGAGCACUUCAGCAGGACAUAUAACUGCGAAGUUAUGUUUACAAUGUCAGAGAAGACUGUGAUGAGAAUAGGACUUUGAACUGUGAUCUUUGGCCAUAAUCUGAAGAUAGUGAAGCAUAUUAUGCCUACCCAUCUAGGGUAGGAACACCCAAUGUUAAACAUUUUCUACACUUAAUUCAUUACGGUGUUUGGAGUGGGUAUGUCCCAUGCACUCAGGUCUUUGGGCUGCCAAGAAAUUCAAAUGCCUUGAAUUAAAAACUAUAUCUUUC